AUGGGCAAAUUCUACGACGAGAUACCUGAGCACCUCAUAACAUGGAUAGCAAAGCAGCAGAUGUUCACGGUCGCAACGGCGCCGCUCAGCGCGGAUGGGCACGUCAAUAUCUCGUCCAAGGGGGUGGAUGGCACGUUCCACGUUGUUGAUGGCAAGCGGGUGUGGUACGAGGAUCUGACUGGCAGCGGCAACGAAACGAUUUCGCACAUACGCGAAAACUCCCGCAUCACUAUCCUGUUCAACGCCUUCCAGGGGCCGCCCUUGAUCUGUCGCUUAUUCGGUACAGGCACUGUCCACGAGUUUGGCACACCCGAGUACGACAGCUUCAUCUCCCCGGAGACGCGGAUGCCAGGUUCGCGCGCGGUCAUAGUCAUGGAUGUGCACAAAGUCGGCACGUGUACGAGCCAGAGCUGCGGGUACGGCGUACCGUACUACACCUUCGACGGCCACCGCGACACCAUCCUCAACUGGUGCUCGCAGCUGGAGAAGUCGUCGAACAAGGAGAAGGACUUGAAGGCGUGGUGGAGAGCGGAGAACACCAAGAGCCUCGACGGCUUGCCUGGUUUGAACGUCGCGUCUGUAACGGAGCGGCCG